UUUACAUUGUAAAUCGAUUUUAUUUAGAUUCGAACUCACCGACUGAGGGCGCAUUGUUUUUUGGUACAGUCAUGAAAAGCGUGUCGCUUGUCAGUUUAGUUGUUAAUUUCUAUAAUUUCGUGAUACGAGCCCAAUGACAUUGAACCAGUCUCAUUGUGCACACAUCAACACACUAUAGACUCGGUCUGAUUCUUGGGUUUGUUUGGUUUCGACGUAUCACACGCCACAUCUACAGUUCAAUGUCAGCUUGAGUGUCUUGAGUGUCAUCCUCCUUUAAGUACGUCACUGCAAUGGAAGGCAGCAUAGAUGAAGAAGUCACCUUUAAGGUCAAUAGUAAGUCGGAGGAUUGUGUAAAGAUGGACAGUGCCAAGAUGCACAGUGACUUUAUGAACAGAGAUGACAUCAGGCCCGAAGACUCUGUGAGUCAGAGGGGUAGUAGCAGUACCACGUCAGCUAGUUGGAGGCUUCGAGCUAGGGCUAGGAGAGCUGCCUUACAAGCGGAAGUUAUGGCUCUGCAAGAGCAACAAGAGCUUGAGCUUGAGGAAAUCAAGUUGAAACAAAGGAAAGCUGAACUUCUUCUUAAAAUGAAAUUGAAGGUAGCAGAGGCAGAAGAAGCUGUUUAUAAAGGUACACAGUCAGAUGUCAAGGUCAAAGGAAAGACUGAUCCUUUAGAACAGGACAAGACUGAAGAAUCUUGUAAGCUUGAACCUUCCAGGGACAAUUCGACAAUGCCGGCUAAGACAAAACUGACACCAACUUGUGACAAUUCUUCAACCAGUGAAAGUGAUAAGAUGAUGGGUAAGAUGCAUUCUGACAUUUUCCAUCACUUACAGCAAGGACAGAAACAACAUCAGCAGCUGUUGGAAGCUAUCACCAUUUCCACUGCCAACAUUAUGUCAUUUGAUGGUAACCCUCUGAAUUUUUAUGAAUUCAUGCGGUCGUUUGACAGCGUCAUUGGUAGAUCUUCAUUGGACAAUAACACCAAGCUACUCAAGUUAUAUCAUCUGUGUAGUGGAGCUGCCAAAGACAUCAUCCAUUGCUGUCUAAUGAUGCAUCCAGAUGAUGGAUACUUACAUGCAAGGACGCUACUGACUGAUCGAUUUGGAAAUGCCUUCAAGAUCUGUGAUGCCUGGAUCAAGAAGAUCACAGAAGGACCUAUCAUACAAAAUGAUCCAAAGCAGCUGAGGGACUUCGCUGAUCAGCUUAAGACCUGUGGAGAAACAUUGAUGGCAAUAGGAAUGCUCCGAGAGUUAAGCUCUAGGAGUGAACUGGUGAAGAUCAUUGACCGUUUGCCAUUUCACCUGAAGAGCCGCUGGGUACGUCAUGUGAAAUCCAUCAGAGAUGUUGGAAGACAGCCUACCAUUCAAGAUGCAGUUGACUUUAUCACUGAUGCAGCUGAUGAGCUUAAUGAUCCUGUAUUUGGUGCACUUCUUACUGGAGGAUCAAAGAGCGGAAGUACUGACAAAGUGAGAACCAUGUUAGGUAGAGGUCAGGUGAGCGUAUUUACCACUUCAGCCAAUCCAUCAACUCAGAACUGCGUUAUGUGUAAUGCCAGCCAUGAUCUUUUUGGCUGUCAGGAGUUCAAGAACAUGAAUCCUGAUGAACGCUUUGAUUUUGCCUUCAAGAACAGAUUAUGCUUCAAUUGCCUCUUACCUGGCCACAUUUCUUCUAGAUGCAACAUCAACAGAACCUGCUCUGUUAGAGGAUGCGAUCAAAGACACACAAAGUUCCUACAUACUGGGAGAAGGAUGAUGACAUCAUCUCCACAGCGCCAUACGCUUCUCAGUGCAAGUGACGCGUCUACUCAAACUGACAGCGAUGUAUCAUCCCAUGCCAGCUGUGGCGCCAUGGGGGCCGGAGUUAGCAGAAUCGCUCUUCCGAUAGUACCGGUCACUGUUAGUGUCCCAGGUGAAGUAGGAGGAACUAUUGAGACCUUUGCCUUGUUGGAUUCUGGUUCCACAAACUCAUUUUGUCUACAGGAAAUAGCAGAGAAGAUCCAGACAAAGGGACGAAAGAAGAUCGUAUCAGUAUCUACACUAGAAGCUCCUAACCACACCAUGGAAUGCAAAGAAGUGAAACUGAGUGUAAAGGGGUCUUCUGGUACAUCAAGCAAGAAGAUAGAUGCUGAGUUCCUUACACGUCCAAGCUUGAAUAUCAAUGCAGUGAACAUGGCCACUGAAGAAGAUAUCUCCAGAUAUCAACAUCUUUUUGGUAUUGAUCUCCAAGUGACAACAGGAAAGGAGGUAUCUUUACUUAUCGGACAGGAUAUGCCCGAAGCUCUGAUGCCACUGGAAAUCAGAGCAGGUGCUCCAGGUGAAGUCUAUGCCAUCAGGACAGCACUUGGGUGGACGUUAAAUGGACCACUGGGAAAUGAAAGUAAUCUACUGAUUCAUCAAGCUCCAUCUAACUUCGUUUCUGCUGCAGGAAACAUACUGAUGGGAGUCGAACCUCAUCAAACUUGUAAGCUAGAAAGAGUUGACAGAGAUGAUAAUAAUUGGCAACUUCCAUCUCACACCCUAACUCACGAUCUGCCAAAUAAUCCCCAAGUGACAAGCAGACAAGGCUCCCUGAAGACUCGACUGGAUAAGGGUGAUUGUCUACAUGCUAACUACAGGGAGGAGAUGAAGUCUUUGCUGGAAGAAUCAUAUGCUAAAGAGGUUCUUGAUGCAGCUCCUGAGAAAGAUGAAGGUCUGGUAGGGCUUUUCUCCAAGAUCACAGGCAUCGUCAGCAGCAGGCCACCAACAAGAGAAUCACCAAAGGUCUAUGAUGAUGAAGAUGUGAAUUCGAAGCUCUUACUUCUGUUAGACAGGAAGCUAAAGCUACUUCCAGAAGUAACAGUCAGACCAGAUGUCUCGAAGAUGACUCAGAGUUAGGUACAACCUUUAGCAGACACCUUUAAAUACUAGUCAAGAGAAUACUUACCUCAUGUGUAAAUUUGAAACGUUGAAACCUUCGCAUUGCAAUCUACGAAUUAGUUGCCUUGUGCUUGAAGCCAAUGGAAACUCUUCACUUAUUUUGUGACUGCUUGGAAGAUUUCUCCAGACUUUCCAGGCAAGAAAGGGGUCAACCGCGGAAAAUCCAAACUAAGACUAGCAUAAGUAUAUUCUACCUACCUCAAGGUUAUACAUUUUUCUGAAAAGACAUUAUUGAUUAUAAUGCUGAUGUAGCACUUAAAGUCGGGACCUAUUUUUCAGAAGAAAGAUAAACUUGUGAAAUAUAUGCAAUUUAUGAUAAUUGAAUCAACAAUUGUCUUUGCAAGGAUAGGAUCAAUUUAGAUAAUCAUGUGCAGUGAUCUUUGAACUUAUCGCGAUUUGAGCAUUUUGAAGUCAUUUAUCGUCAAAAUAUGAAAUCAUGUGGAUUCUGUUUCGUGAAAGCAUUACUAUAUAUUCAUCAAAAUGUAAUAUCAUAAUGUCGACAGUGAUUACAUCAAGUGUCAAACUGAUUUGUAUCAUCGCGGGAAGUUUAUAGCGUGAUUGAUAAUCUUGUAAGCUGGAUUUAACAAGUGACUUUAACGCGGUCAGCGUAUCAACAGUAGUCUUACCAGUACUGAUAUCUGAAAACUGAAAUGAGACAAGAACUAAGAAGCUAAUGUAAAAAAAUUACAAGAAAUGGACUUGAAAUUGUAACCUGAUUAAGAAGACUAUGAAUCAUUACCUGUGGACUGAUUUCUCAGAAUAUUCAUGUUUAUUCAUGCAUAUGUAAAAAAAAAAUAAAAUUGCAUGUUGUCAUUUUUUAAGAAAUUUGCUCGGUUGACAUAAAACAUGUGACAAAGUUUAUAUGGGUUAUGUAAAUUUAGAAAAUUUAUAAUUUCCAGUGUGAAUUGUAAAUCUGAUUUAACAGGAUUUAAGCUACAGUGAAAACUUGAAUACUUUUGUAUUUGUUUUAGGUCACCAUACUCAAGUUGAAUGUGGUGGAAGAAGAAAUAACCAUAAAAAGGAUUGUUUUAGAAAUUCAGGAUUUUUUGUUAGUACAGAAAAUCGACAUGUCAUGCUAAGCAAAUUUUGUGCAGAUUAGACAAAAGACAAUACUAGAAAGUUAUUAUAUGGUGAUAUGGUAUUCAAAUGAUGGUUUAGAAACAUCAGUACUGUCAAUUUGAUAUGAUAAAUGAAAGAUAUGCAAAUUUAUUUUGAAGCAGAACUUCAAAAAUGUAUUGAAUGUUAUAUGAUCUUGUCAAUGCAUUCUUAGAGCUGUUUGUAUUGAGUCAGACAGGAAGAGUUAAACUCUUAGUGAGAAGUUAAAGUCAGAGUUUAUAUAUUGUAUUUUGCAAAAUGAACGUGUUGAGAAACGGCAAGUUUUUAUGAUUGCUUGUUUAACAUAGUAAUUUUCUCCUAAGUGUCACAGAUGUCCUUUUUCUUAGCCAGAAGGAAGAUGUCGUUUUGAUUAAACAUUUCCAGUGUCAUUCCUGGUGUAUGGAAUUGUAGUUACGAAUCAGUUUCCUUUUGUGUCAAAUGUUUACCAAAACGAUCCUCCUUCAGGCACGGAAAGUUGGAGGCUCUGAACUCGGUGUUGUCAUGGUGACGUUAGAAGAAUGUUCAUUGCAGUAUACUUAAUGCUAUUUUGGAUUUGGUAUUUUCUAUCUGUUCUUAGGAAUGCUAAAAAUUAUUGGCUAGUGAAUGCAGUUGGUUAAAAGGUAUUCUUCAUUAUGAAAGGAUUUUUUAUAGGUUAAGGCCUAGUUAAUCAACUGAAGUUGUGAAUUUUGGGUUUUGAUAUAAACAAAUAUUUCAAAGGUGAAA